GCCAACGCCCCUCUUUUUUGUGGUCAAGAUGGCUGCUGAAGUUGCUGAAGUUGCCCAAAGAUGUGAGGACUCCAAAGCCUCGAGAGAGCUGUUGCUGAACUCCUGUGGUCUAAGGAAGUUUCCAGAGGCUGUGUUCUUCAUUCUGAGUGGUGUGGAGAUGCAAAAACUGAGCCUGGCUGACAACCAGUUCACUCGACUACCUGCUAAACUGAUGUCAUCCCCAGUGUUUGCAUCUGUUACAAGCCUUGACCUGAGCAGCAACAAUCUCUCCACCCUCCCGGAUACAAUCCCCUCCCUUCAGAGGCUGACGUUCGUCAACCUCUCUAGAAACAAGUUUGAGUCGUUCCCUGAAAUUCUCACUCAAGUGCCCUCACUGUCUCAAAUUGAUCUCAGCUCCAACAGAAUACAGAACGUUGAACAGUUAGUAGUGGACUCUCUACCAGCUAGUUUGGAAGUACUGACAUUAACUGAUAACCCAUUAACGGAAGAAGCUAAAGUUUUGUUGAUAGGAAGUGGUAAAGUGAUGUGUUGAUACCGUUUUUAAUUGUAUUAUUUUUAAGUUUGGUUUUUGGUAGUUGUUGUUAUAAUUAUGUACAAACUUGUGGCCACGUUCAUCACAAGGCUUCAUCAUCAGUAAA